AGUGGAUACAAGAAGGGAGAGAGGACGGAGAAAACUUAAAUCGAGAGAGCGAAGAGAUGAGAGGAGAGAAUGAAUUUGAUCCACAACAAAAUAGUGAGCGUUUCUCGUCUAAUCGUACGUACGUACGGCGCGGUGGGUCCGUUUUUCCACAUCGGCCUUUCUGCCAUUCCAUGUCACACCGCGCUCUUCCAAAAAAUCAUAUUACGUUUCGUGCACACACCGAAGGUCCUCUCGCAGGUUCGUCGCAUGUGAAGAAUUGCCUUUUUCUCGAUUCCGAGCGCCCCCCGCGGUACCCAAUAAUCUCGCAUAAUAAGGCUGAAACAGUUUUCUCGGGGACCGUUCCUUGAGGUGGCUGAGGAGCAGGAAGAUAUAUUAAAUAUUAUAUAUAUAUAAGAGAAGCGGGUGUACGAAGGGAAACCCCGUUUGAAAAGCUUCCGCAGCAGCAGCAAGAAGAGCGAGUCAGACGAUCGUAAAAUAUGGCAAAGAAAGAGGAGCAAAAUCGAUAGGGAAAAUGCUUAUUUUCUUGAGGGCGUUAGAGCGAACUCGCGAAUAUCCAACUCAAAACCGAAGAUUCUUACCAACGUUGUAGAUAAUUAUGUCUGGCCAACAUUACUGCCUGCGAUGGAACAAUUAUCAAACGAAUAUGACUUCGGUGUUCCAUCAGCUUUUGCAGAAUGAAGCUUUUGUCGAUGUCACAUUGGCAUGCAACGAUUUAUCAUUAAAAGCGCACAAAGUCGUAUUAUCCGCCUGUUCCUCUUACUUUCAAAAACUCCUUCUAGAGAAUCCGUGCAAGCAUCCCACGAUCAUAAUGCCACAAGACGUGUGCUAUGCCGAUCUGAAAUUCAUCAUUGAAUUCGUAUACAAAGGAGAAAUCGACGUUUCACAAGCAGAAUUGCAGUCGAUAUUAAAGACGGCGGAUCAGCUUAAGAUAAAGGGUUUGUGCGAGUCGCCCGAGGAGAGGCUGGAAGGAGAUCCGGAAGCAGACCUGAGUAAUUCCGGGUUUCCGUUCGCGGCUCGCGAGUACCCGAAGAUCCGACGUCGCGACGGGGAGUCUCCGUCGCACGGCGGUGCUGACAAUAACAACCGGAAACAGCGGCACCGGAAGUCGACGGCCGAGUCAUCGGAGGCGGGGACGGCGGCAGCGGUCGCGGAGGUGGUGGUCGAGGGAGGGCGAGAGGAGCCCGACGAGGCGGAGACGCCGCCGGAAAACUCGAACGGACACGUUUCCGGUCCAGACGGGGCCGAAGAGAAGGAGGCUGUAGAUGAGGACAAGAACAAUAAGCCGCUUAAUAUGAGCAGUAAUGCCCUGCUGACUGGCCAAAUGCUAUUUUCACAGUUCGGAGUUGAUAAUGAGGACUUUCCUCCGGAACCUCCGGCACCAACUGCGACUCCAGUAAGACACGUGGACAUGCAAGAACACUCGCCCGCCCGUACUCUUCUCACGAACUCUUCCCUGCACAGGACAGACCUAUCAGCUAGAGUUUGGAUUGCAGACCCGCCAAACACUAAGUUCAGAGACGUCAAGAAGGAGAUCAAAUUCGAGACGUUGAGAUCGUUCGAACAGGAAUCUCUAUUAGAUAUCGACAGCUCGCACCAUUCGAUGGACAGCCACGACGGCGACCAUUCGAUGCACCACACCACCAUGAUGAUAACGCCGGAACUGAUGGGUCUGAUGCCGCCCGAGACCCAUCGACUGGGUACGUAUCACGGCCUCAAAGCUAACGGCGAUCUGCACGGAUCGAGGCACGGUGGUGGACCCAAAACAUGGACGCAAGACGACAUGGAGAUGGCUCUGGACGCAUUGAGGAAUCACAACAUGAGUUUAACUAAGGCAUCUGCUACUUACGGAAUCCCAUCGACGACUUUGUGGCAGAGGGCGCACAGGUUGGGAAUCGAUACGCCGAAGAAGGAAGGUCCGACGAAAUCGUGGACGGAGGAGAGCCUGAACUCGGCUCUGGAAGCCCUGAGAACGGGCACGAUUUCUGCGAAUAAAGCGAGCAAAGCGUACGGCAUCCCGAGCAGCACGCUGUACAAGAUCGCGAGGAGGGAAGGCAUCAGAUUGGCGGCGCCCUUCAACGCCGCACCGACGACGUGGACGCCCGAGGAUCUGGAGAAAGCGCUGGAAUCGAUAAGAUCCGGGCAGACAUCUGUGCAGAGGGCCUCCACGGAGUACGGCAUUCCCACGGGGACGCUGUACGGUCGAUGCAAACGCGAGGGCAUCGAAUUGUCGAGAUCGAAUCCCACGCCCUGGUCCGAGGAUGCAAUGGGCGAAGCACUGGAAGCUGUUCGAUUAGGACACAUGUCCAUCAACCAGGCCGCAAUCCACUACAACCUGCCCUACUCAUCCCUGUACGGAAGGUUCAAGCGCGGGAUUAAAUACGAUUCGGAUUCGAUCGAGGCCAGCACGGACAGCCAAUCGCAGCUCGAGAGCCCUUCCAUGAUGAUGGACUACUCGAACCAACACCCAGUACAAUACCAAAACCAAUCGAACAGCUGAAAGAAGAAGAGGAGCCGUCGGCGCUUCUAGGCUUAUUCUUCAUACCCAACAGAGGAAAAAUAAUAAACACACCUACAUAUAAAAUACACAUAUAAAUACAUAAAACGAGGGCAGUAAAGCAACAUCAAAAUAGAAAGAAGGAACGUUUCGUUCUUCAAAUUCGUUGGCGGCUCGACGAUGGAUGAUGAGGCUGUUAAGAGAUAUCUUCGGGCAUCGAAUAUAUAUAGAGAUUAAGUUCCCAAUGUGAUAAAUAAAUUCUUUUGAUGGGAAUGCAGCGAACAUAUUUCCUAACUCGCCCACUCGGAGGCAAAGGAUAAAGCGUCGACGACGACGACGGAGAGAAUGGAUGGAUGCUGCUGCUGCGGCUGCGACGACGAUGGAUGAGGUGGAAAAAAAUCAUUAAUUCAUAGUCCACUUGAAUGUUACCUUUUUUAAUCCUUAAUUUAUUAAUUAUUAACAGAAUUGUAGUUAAUUAUUCGAGCGUAUAGUUUGAUGAGAUAUAAGUGAUAAGUGAUAGUACGUUUUACAAGGUAUUAAUAUUUAAUAUAUAAAUAUAUUAUAUAUGAAAAACAAACAACAACAAAAAAAGAAGGAAUAUAUUCUGAUUAUACAUUGUGUGCAAUACAAAAAAAUAUUGAUUGAUUAUUUAUAUGAGACAGACGUAAAUACACAUAAAGAAAAUGAAUGAAAAAUUGAAUACGAUGCGAAAUAACACAAUUAUGAUCAUUAUGAAUGAAUACAAACAAUUUUUACUUUUUACAAAAACAAAUAAACAAACAAAAAAAAAGACGAUGAGACGCGGGUGGAAGGAAAAUGGAAAAUUUGCAGAAAUUUUUCUUACACGCCCGUUUUUAUAAUGUGCCUAAUGAUGAAUUUUACAAAAAAAUAA